AAAGACACUUCAACCAAAAACACACAAUUCUGAUGUGUUAUUAAUUAUUAAAACAUAUUGAGGAGGACUCUUAGUUUGUAAUAUCUAUAACGGAAGUGCAUUGAUUCUCUACCCGACAAUUGUUUCCUGUUGUCGGCAGUGACAACAGAAGAAGCAGUUCUCAGAAGCUUAUCGGAGAGAAAACUGAAAAAACUGCCCGGACCACCAGCUCGAUCUUAUUCUUAAUAUUUCAGAGACUGAAAAGGGAAAGCAGUAAGAAUGGAUGGAGAAGAAAAAACCUAUGGUGGCUGUGAAGGGCCAGAUGCCAUGUAUGUGAAAUUGAUCUCCUCUGAUGGCCAUGAGUUUAUUGUGAAGAGAGAACAUGCUCUUACAUCUGGAACAAUCAAAGCUAUGCUUAGUGGUCCUGGCCAGUUUGCUGAGAAUGAAACAAAUGAGGUCAACUUUCGAGAGAUCCCAUCUCACGUUCUUUCUAAAGUGUGCAUGUACUUUACAUAUAAAGUCCGCUAUACUAAUAGUUCAACAGAAAUCCCAGAAUUUCCUAUUGCCCCAGAAAUAGCUCUGGAGCUUCUGAUGGCUGCAAACUUUCUAGAUUGUUAAACGAAAAAAAUGAAACGCUCAUAUACACGUCUGGAUGCAGAAUAAAUAUGAAAAGCAAAAUAUUACUGGUUUAUUUUAUUGGUUUCAUACUUUUAGGUUUGCAAACAGAGAUAUGCUGUGCUGACUUAGAAGUAUAACUGUUUUUGUUCAUUUUUUUUAUAUUUAAAAUGAAAUUUUUUUUACAAUUAGUGGAUAUCUAAGUUAUUUUUAUUUCACUUUUUAUUGUUUUAAUCUUUGACCCAGUAUUAACUUGAUAAUUUCUGUGUUGCAAAAUAAAGAUGCCUGAAGUGAUGCGCCCAUAUUUUAAUGACUAGAGUCAACCAGACAGAUGUAAUUUUAUAAUGUAUCUGUUUAUGUUAACAAGUUCAAAAUUCAGUUGAAAUAGAUUUAUGCCUUUUCUGCAUGUGGAUUCAUCAGACAUAAGUCUUGUAAUUGUCCACAGUAGUCAUUUAUCAGUUGUUUAAUGAAUAAAAUCAGUUGUUCUUGAAAA